UGAGGACCCAUCAGCAACACAGCUAAGGCAGAUUUGGUUUGUGCUCUUCUAAGGUAGGCCCUGAAGGGGAGUGAUGCCUCCAGGAAGGUGGUAUGCUGUUCAUCCAGCACAGUCCCAGUCUUCGAGGGAGCGCGCGCGUCUUCGGGUGGUAAAGAAGGAAGAAGAGGAUGAAGGUUAUACUUCAGUGCAGACAGCCAGGCCACAGACACUCAACCGUCCUGGCCAGGAGCUGUUCCGCCAGCUCUUUAGACAGCUUCGCUACCAUGAGUCAUCUGGGCCCCUGGAAACUCUGAGCCGCCUCCAGGAACUCUGUCGAUGGUGGCUGAGGCCUGAUGUUCUCUCCAAGGCACAGAUCCUGGAGCUGCUGGUGCUGGAGCAGUUCCUGAGCAUCCUGCCUGGGGAGCUCCGGACCUGGGUGCAGCUGCAUCACCCUGAGAGUGGCGAGGAAGCUGUGGCCUUGCUGGAGGAGCUACAGAGUGACCUUGACAGGAUACCAUGGAGGGACCCGGGUCCUGCCCAGAGACCAGAUGUGCAUUGGAUGGGUACAGGAGCCCUGCGAUCUUCACAGAUACAGUCCUCUGCUACACCUCUCAGGAGCGGCUCUGCUCUGGGGGACCACCUGGAGCCUCCCUAUGAAAUAGGAGUGUGUGACUUCCUGGCUGGGCAAUCUGAUCCUCCUGCUGCUCAGGUGCCUGUCCUUUCCCAGAGAGAGGGGUGCCCGGAAGACCUGGAGGCUAUGACUUUCAAGGACUUGGAGGUAACCUUCUCUCAGGAUGAGUGGGAAUGGCUGGACUCAACUCAGAGAAACCUGUACAGGGAUGUGAUGCUGGAGAAUUAUAGAAGCGUAGCAUCUCUGGUAGGACCAUUCACCAAACCUGCUAUUAUCUCCUGGUUGGAAGCAAGGGAACCAUGGGGCCUGAACAUCCAGGCAGCACAGCCUAAUGCAAAUCCAGGUUCUACCCCUACAGGAGGUGACAUCCAGAUUAAAACAAACAAGUUCAUCUUAAAUUGGGAACCUUUGGAAGAAGCGGGAACCUUAGCUGUGCCAUCAGGAUAUCCUGCAACAGGUGUUUCUGAGGGACCGGUGCUCAGAGAAUCUUUUGAACAGAAGAGCAGGUUAAAGGAUCAAUGUGGAGGCCCCAUAUUAAUGAGAGUUAAGAAAGAAGAGACUGAUUUCAGUCACAGGACAGGAAAAGACUCCGAUGUAUCAGGAAGAAGUAAUAAUCUUGACCUAAAACGUGCUACGUAUUUGAGAGUUUCUGGAAGAAAACAAUCCCUUAAACAUGGCUGUGGCAGACAAUUCAAAAUUAGUUCAUACCACCAUGACUAUAAGAAAUAUGGGAAGGGACUCAGGCACAUGAUCGGGGGCUUUAGCUUACAUCAGAUAAUUCAUACUGGACUGAAAGGGAAUAAAAAGGACAUGUGUGGAAAAGAUUUCAGCCUUAACUCUCAUCACCAGCAUGGGCCGAGUCUUCACACAAUAGGAACCCUGUAUAAGUGCAGCGACUGUGGUAGGACUUUCAGUCGCAGCUCCCAUCUUGCAUAUCAUCAGAGACUUCAUACUCAAGAUAAAGCAUUUAAAUGUAGAGUGUGUGGGAAAGCCUUCCGGUGGAGUUCCAACUGUGUGCGACAUGAGAAAAUUCACACUGGAGUGAAACCUUAUAAGUGUGGUUUAUGUGAGAAAGCUUUCCGACGUGUGUCAGCCUACCGUCUGCACCAAGAAACCCAUGCUAAAAAGAAAUUUCUUGAAUUGAAUCAGUAUGAGGAAGCUCUCAGCUCCAGCUCAGAGUUUGAUCAUCAUUUGGGAGACCAAAGUGGGGAGAAGCUCUUUGACUGCAGCCAAUGUAGGAAAUCCUUCCACUGUAAAGCAUAUGUUCUUGAACAUCAAAGGAUUCACACCCAGGAGAAACCCUAUAAAUGUACCAAAUGUGGGAAAGCCUUUAGAUGGAGGUCAAACUUCACUCGUCAUAUAAGGUUGCACAAGGAGAAAAAGUUCUCUGAACAAGAUAAACAUCGAGAAGACUUCAGGCAGACUCCUCACUGCAUUCAGCCCCAGGAUGUCCCCCCUGUGGAGAAAACUUUUUUGUGUCAUCAGUGUGGAAAAACUUUUACUCGAAAGAAAACCCUUAAUGAUCACCAGAGAAUUCACACAGGUGAGAAACCCUACCAAUGUAGUGAAUGUGGAAAAGAGUUUACCUAUAGGUCAGCCUUAAUUGUGCAUAAGAAGAAGCAUGCUAUUAAAAGAAAACCUGAGGGUGGGCCAUCUUUCAGUCAGGACAGAGCAGUUCAAGUUCCUCAGAGCAGCCACACCAGAGAGGAAUCCUACAAAUGUAGCCAUUGUGGCAAAACCUUCCGCAAUCACUCAUUCCUCCUUAUCCAUCAGAGAGUUCACACAAGAGAGAAGCCGUAUAAGUGCAGGGAUUGUGGGAAAGCCUUCAGAUGGAGUUCCAAUCUCUCCCGACAUCAGAGGCUUCACUCUUUUCAAAACCCAUACAAGUAUCAUGAAAGUGAAAAGGCUCGAACUCUGGAGCCCCCAAUCCCCACUAGUGUGAAACGGUUUUGGUGUCAAGAAUGUGGGAAAACUUUUACACGUAAAAGAAGUCUUUUAGAUCAUAAAGGAAUACACACUGGAGAAAAGCGCUAUAAGUGUAAUCUCUGUGGGAAAUCUUACGACAGAAAUUAUCGCCUGGUUAAUCAUCAGAGAAUCCACACUAAAGAGAGACCCUUUAAAUGUCAGUGGUGUGAGAAAGAGUUCACUGGGAGUCACACCCUUUCUCGUCAUCAGAGAAAACAUACUAGAGUAGCACAGUCCAACUGCAUCGUGCCUGAGUUGUCUUCCUGUCAGGACACAAGGUUGAGUUUACAGGAAUUAAAACCAACUGAAGAGAAGCCCCUCGAAGACUGCAAAGAAGUUUGUGAUCAGAGGUCCAGGCUCACUGGAUUCCAGAACAUAUUCCAGAACAUACCCACUAAGGAAAAGUGUCACAACUGUAGUUUAUGUGGGAAAACUUUCAACAAGAGUUCGCAACUCAUUAGCCACAAGAGAUUUCAUACUCGAGAGAGGCCCUUCAAAUGCAGCCAGUGUGGGAAGACCUUCAGAUGGUCUUCAAAUUUGGCUCGGCAUAUGAAAAACCAUAUUAAAGAUUAGACUGGGACCUGACAAUGACAGUAGGGGUGGGG